AAAACUUAUAUAGCCAACGUAAGUCGUUCCACGUUGCUUAAUUUUUUUAUUUGGUUACACAGUGCUGUUAUUUACUAUGGAAUCUCCGAGUAUUAUCAUUUUAGAAUUGUUUGAACAUUUAUAUUUUUUUUGUGUAUACCUAAAUAAUACCUAAAGUUAAUUUAAUUAAUUUGGUAUUUAUUUUUUUCUCUUUUAGUUAAAGUAACUGGUACCCGUCUAAUAUUGCGCGGCGUCAGCGGCAGCUUCCGCAAUGGUCAAUUGUCGGCAAUUAUGGGCCCUUCCGGUGCGGGCAAGAGUAGUUUACUGAACGCUUUAUCAGGUUUGCGCACCUCCGACGUUAGUGGACACAUAAAAAUCGAACGCAAAGGUUCCUGCUACAUCACACAAGAUGACAAUCAUCAAACCCUACUUACCGUUGAGGAACUCAUGGAGCUUAGUUGCAAUCUCAAGUUACCGCAUUGCAAAUGUAAAGCUGAGCUGAUAACAGAGAUACUCGAGAAUCUCAAUCUAAAUCAUAGACGUAAUAUUUUUGCGGAAAAAUUGAGUGGCGGCGAACGUAAACGCCUCUCGAUCGCACUCGAAUUGGUGGCCAAUCCAAAGAUAUUUUUCCUCGAUGAACCCACCAGCGGUCUGGAUGAGGUGACAGCGGCGCAAUGCAUUCGGUUACUUAGCCAAUUAGCUAAACAAGGACGCACCAUCGUCUGUACAAUACACCAACCGUCGGCGACGAUUUUCAAUUAUUUUGAUAGCAUUUUUGUGCUGGCCAGUGGACAGUGCGUCUAUCAGGGACCACCAUCGGCAGUCAUACCAUUUUUACGUCACGUACAUAUCGAAUGCCCCAAGUAUUAUAGUCCAUCGGAUUACAUUAUCGAGCUCUGCGAUGCGGACGAAGGUAAACUCAUACCCUUGCUUAGCGAUCUCACUGGCAAUGGCAAGUGGAUUUAUGCACCAGUGCAGCAACAACAAAAUGGUCUAAAUGGUGUAAGCGAAGUAAACGGCGGUGAACCCACGCCCGUUUCAAAGCCACAUUCCAAAGACUUUCAGCAGUCGGUGCGUACUUUCUUCGUGGAGGAACCAAAACGUAGUCGCUUACAACAUUGGCUCGCUGCCGGCACGAAUUUUUCUACCGAUGGUACGCUGAUUGGUGGCGUGACCGCAUUCUAUGAGCAGGUGAAAACCUUCACCAAGUUGCUGGAUCAUGAGAGUGAGCACUCUUCGGGCUUCCACCAGUUCUCUGUGCUCUUAAAAAUGAUGCUGAAGCGUACAAUGCGUAGCCACGUUAUUUUACUUAUACAAUUUUUGCACCAUCUUCUAACGGCAUUGUGCUUUGGUUUGAUUUUCUUAAAUCUUGGUAAUCAGGGCUCGCGCAUGUUUGACCAUUUGAAAUUCUGCAUUGGCGUUAUUAUAAUCAUCGCAUAUACACAAGUCAUGCUGCCCAUAUUGAGCUUUCCCAUGGAAAUAAAAAUCGUACGAAAGGAGACUUUCAAUCGUUGGUAUAAGUUAACUCCAUAUUAUAUGGCCUUGAAUAUAUCACGGUUGCCCUUGCAAAUCUUUUUGAAUAUGAUAAUGCUGACAAUUAUUUAUUGGAUGAGUGGAUUGCCGGCUCAAUGGUGGCGUUUUGGCUUAUUUGCCAGUAUUGGUUUAAUGACAUCGCUAAUUGCAGAGGGCAUGGGAUUGGCAAUUGGAAUGACAUUUAGCAUAACGAAUGGCAGCGCUGUUGGCCCACUGGCGAUUGCUCCACUGCUAGGCUUGGCUAUAUAUGGAUUUGAUUUUGCCGCACAAAUCCCAUACGGAAUGAAUCUUCUCAUGAAAUUCAGUUAUGUACGGGUCGGUGUAGUGGCGUUGAUACUCUCUGUUUUUGGCUUUGAUCGUCCCGAAUUAGAAUGUGACGAUAUAUAUUGCCAUUUCGGUGAUCCGCGAGUGCUGCUCAAGUUUCUGGACAUUGAACACCUAUCGAUGUGGUACCUCUUCUCGAUACUCACAGUACUUAUGCUCUUCUAUAGAGUGCUAAUGUAUUUGAGUUUACGCAGACGUUGCGGUACAUAAGCGAUAUUAUUUUGUAAAUGUGAUUUUUAGUAUUAAGUGGUAAAGUUAAGGUCAAUUAAAUAAAAAUAAACAAUGGUUUCAUGGUGGAUGUUAGUUGCUGCAUAAUCAGAAGUUCAUGCACAUACAUAAUAUAAUAAUAAUAGGCAAUCUUAUGCUGUGAUAAAUGAUAUGUUAAUAGUGUACAAUUUUUUACUUUAUACGUGUAGUAAUCUAAUUGCAAGCAAACAAAUACCCCUCUUAUUCCAAAAUUUUUACAAAUUACAUACCUAAUAAGUGGCUUUGUAAUUAAAUUGUAUGUAAAAUUUUGUUACGAUCGGAAAAGAACAUAUUGUUAUGAGAUAAGUAGGUACAUAAUCAAAGAUAUUCCACAUAUUUUAAGAUGUACAAACUAUUUUAUAAAAAAGAUGUUCUUGCGAACAAUUAAAUUUUUGGUA